AUGUAUGCUGGUCACACACCAUGGGUGCACCCAACUGCACCGCCCCCUGCGCCGCCACAACCGCCUGACACUGCUCGCGCGAACUUUCGGUGGACGAGCAGUGCGGACCAUAUCAACCAUUUUGCCGAAGGGCCACAUUAUGGGCCCGUUCUCGAGCCUUUUCUUGUAAGGGCGGUAUCGGCAACGAUUAGCAUCAAUCCCCUCCUAUCUCCACCCACAGACUCGCAUGAAGACUACCUCCGCUGGAACAUGAUUUUCCCAACGAGUACUUGUUAUCGCACAACUGGGCCAAAGCGUUCAUGGAUUAAAGGGCGUGAGGCACCCGCUACGUUCCCGCGCCUGUCACAAAUCCGCAUCAUCUCACGGUCAUUCCCGUGGAUGAUCUCUGUCAAAGCUAGACGCCAAAACAUUGGUGUGACUUGCGGCGAAGUGAUCGAAGCCAUUUCUUCCUAUUUUUAUGGGGACGUCGCGAAAAAGGAGUAUGAAGGAGUUACAACCCGUCGCCGACGGGAGAUUUGGCAAGCGUAUCAGUAUAAUCGCUCAACGGACAGCAACGUCCCCGGCGGCCACCUGGGAGAACAGCUGAGACGCCUGGAUUGGCUCUGCAGUAAUUCGAGGUGGGGCGGUCUUGUCCGUAACGAUGAAUUCAUCAAAGAGGCUUGUGGAGACGUCUUGCCUUGUACUUUCGAGCUCAAGUGCAUCCCAAGCUACCCACUUAGUCCAGAGGAAGCUAGCGAGCAGCAGCGAAUCGCGCGGCACGCUGAAAACCGUUCUCGUUCUCGUCCAAAUUCUCGUCCAAGGUCUAUGGCUUCUCGAUCUAACUCUCGUGAAGGACGUGACACAGAGACUACUACUGAGGAUGAACUGGAAGAACCGGAAUGA